GGCGCGCGGCAGAGCGGCCGCCGCCGGGGCGGAUCUGAGGCGGGCGCGGGGCGGCGGGGCUGCAUGAAGACCUCUGCCGGCCGCACUCUCCGCCGCGCCGGGGCAGCCCGGGAGCCGUGGGGGCUGUGAGCGGGCACGAGCCGAGAAAAGAGCAGCAGCACACGAGGAUUUCCCCCUCGCGAGUGGAUUGCCGGAGCAGGGCAGGGAAGGAGAGAAAGAAGCGGGGGUUGGGUUUUUGGGGUUUUUUUCCCCUUUAAUCCGUUCAGUGGAUUGCUACCAGGGUGGAAGAUCAGCGGGGCUUUUUUGUUGUUGUUUUGUUUUGUUUUGUUUUGGGAAUAGAAACUAAAAAUGGAGACUGUAAGUAGAAGCAGCUUCCAGCCUCAUCCAGGACUGCAGAAAACCUUGGAACAGUUUCAUCUGAGCUCUAUGAGCUCCCUGGGUGGCCCUGCUGCUUUCUCGGCACGAUGGGCCCAGGAGAUGUACAAGAAGGACAAUGGCAAGGACCCGGCGGAGCCCGUCCUGCAUCUGCCCCCCAUCCAGCCUCCCCCGGUGAUGCCAGGCCCCUUCUUCAUGCCCUCAGAUAGGUCCACGGAGAGGUGCGAGACCAUCCUGGAAGGGGAGACCAUCUCCUGCUUCGUGGUGGGGGGAGAGAAGCGGCUUUGCUUGCCCCAGAUCCUGAACUCGGUGCUCAGGGACUUUUCCCUGCAGCAGAUCAACUCGGUGUGUGACGAGCUGCACAUUUACUGCUCCAGGUGCACGGCUGACCAGCUGGAGAUCCUCAAAGUCAUGGGCAUCCUGCCCUUCUCUGCCCCCUCCUGCGGGCUCAUCACCAAAACCGACGCGGAGCGGCUGUGCAAUGCCCUGCUCUACGGGGGCACCUACCCGCCGCACUGCAAGAAGGAGUUCUCCAGCACCAUCGAGCUGGAGUACACGGACAAGAGCUUCAAGGUGUACCACGAGUGCUUCGGGAAGUGCAAGGGACUCCUGGUGCCGGAGCUUUACAGCAACCCCAGCGCAGCCUGCAUCCAGUGCUUGGACUGCAGGCUCAUGUACCCACCGCACAAAUUUGUGGUCCACUCUCACAAGUCCCUGGAGAACAGGACUUGCCACUGGGGCUUUGACUCGGCCAACUGGAGGUCCUAUAUCCUCCUCAGCCAGGAUUACACUGGGAAAGAGGAGAAAGUUAGACUGGGCCAGCUCUUGGAUGAAAUGAAAGAGAAAUUUGACUACAACAACAAAUACAAGAGAAAAGCACCCAGGGUCCCUUCGGAUCCUCCUGCUUCCAAAAAACCCAAAAUAGAUGACUCUACUUCUCAGUCCCCAAAUUCAAGUGAGAAGGAAAAGCAGUCCAGCUGGUUACGGUCCUUGUCCAAUUCAUCCAACAAGAGCAUUGGCUGCGUCCACCCCCGUCAGCGUCUCUCUGCUUUCCGGCCUUGGUCCCCCGCUGUUUCAACAAACGAGAAAGACCUCUCAACACAUCUUCCCACGUUGAUGCGAGACAGCAGUUUUUAUUCCUACAAAAGUUUUGAGAGUGCCAUAGCUCCCAAUGUGGCACUCGCGCCUCCUGCUCAACAGAAGAUUGUAAGCAAUUCCCCGUGUGCCACAGUGGUGUCACGGAGCAACGAGCCACUGAACAGCCCUGCCCAGCCCCGGAAAAGGAAGCUGCAUGCAGACACCCCAGCAGUUCCAGAGCCGGUGGCCACUGUCACCACCACCGAAGAGGACAAGGAAUCAGAAGCCGAAAUUGAAGUAGAGACCAGAGAGGAAUGUAAGUUUACCUCCUCUCUGUCCUCGCUCUCCUCCCCAUCCUUCACUUCAUCCAGCUCUGCAAAGGACAUGAGCUCACCGGGAAUGCAACCCCCAGCCACAGCCAGCAACUCUUUUGAGGUUGCAACCCAUGCUGACUCUCACAGCAGUGGAUUGGAAGCUGAACUGGAGCACCUACGGCAAGCUCUGGACAGUGGCCUGGACACUAAAGAAGCCAAAGAGAAAUUCCUUCAUGAAGUUGUUAAAAUGAGAGUUAAGCAGGAGGAGAAACUAAAUGCUGCGUUGCAGGCUAAACGCAGCCUACACCAGGAGCUGGAGUUUCUGCGUGUGGCAAAGAAGGAGAAGUUGAGAGAAGCGACAGAAGCAAAGCGCAACUUGAGGAAAGAGAUUGAACGCCUCAGAGCAGAGAAUGAGAAAAAAAUGAAAGAAGCCAACGAGUCACGGAUACGGCUAAAGCGGGAACUGGAGCAAGCCCGCCAGAUCCGGGUUUGUGACAAGGGAUGCGAAGCAGGCAGGCUGCGGGCCAAGUACUCUGCCCAGAUCGAGGACCUACAAGUUAAGCUUCAGCAUGCAGAGGCUGAUAGGGAGCAGCUCCGAGCUGACCUGCUGCAUGAGAGAGAGGCUCGGGAACACUUGGAAAAAGUGGUCAAGGAACUUCAGGAACAGCUGUGGCCUAAAUCAAGCAAUCAACCCAGCAGUGAAAACACAACAAACAACAUUGAGAACUAAGAAAACACCACAUUGUCUAAUACACAUACAGAAUGACGUAUAUGCACAGUAAGGGAGGAUGCGUGGGGUGUGCGUGUAAGUGCAUGUGUGAGUAGGUGUGCGCAUCUCCGCACACAUCCAUAAAUACGGACUUUAUUAGUUGGAGGGCAAAUGUUACUCUUUACAACAGAAGCACUGAAUUACGCCUCUUUUUCAAUCCAUAUAGCACAACAUCUUACUGUGCCUAUAACACACAAAGUGUUUAUAAACUAAAACUUUUGAGUCCACAGCAAAUUUUCUACUGGCAGACUUCAAGCAAGCAGCAUCAUCCAACUUAAAUCAGAGUAAAAGGAAAGCAAGCAUGGCAGUGCUUUUUUAUGUUGCCCUUCUGCUUGCUGGAACACUUAAAAAAAACAAACAAACUUUUGUUAUAAGCUAUUUAAAAUUAUUACAUCAUACAGACUUGGUAUUAAAACUCUUAAUGAAAUUUUUGUAACGAACCUUUAAAAGCAAAACAAAAACCCCUUGAUGCACAAUUUUUAAAUGACUUGUUACAGGCUUUGGGAUUCUUAACGUAGAAGCCCUCUGGUGAUGUUGCCAUUUCAUCAGCAAUUUUCCACCCGUUUAGGAAGCCAUCACCGUUUUAACCCUGUCACGUGGUCGUAUGAGAAUUUCAGAGUGCUUUUCAAAGCUGAUUUUUUUUCUUAGUAAAAAGGAUCUUCAUUUUCCUGUGCUAAACCCAGGAAGAAAGGAAGAUGGAGGGGUGGGGAGUGUGUGUGUAGGGGGGUGGGGGGAGGUGUAUGCUAGAGAGAUAUGAAACCCAGCCUUAUUGACUUCAGUGUUUUGUAAAUGAUGCCAUAAUUUUAAAGACGUCUGUUGUUAACUGCUGUGCUCAAAAGACUUGCUUCAUCCAAGAGCACCUCUGUUCUAGGAAGAGAAUGGCAGGAAGAAAGGAAGGAAGUGAAUGAACUGUCAGGUUGGUUGAAAGAAUAAGCAAAAAAAAGACACGUAUUUUGAAGUCAUUCUGAAAUCUUUACUUCAGCUUUCAGUUUUCUGAAGAACUCAUCUUUAUUACACCAUCUUUCAUAAAUUCAGUAUUUAUCUACUUACUCAGAAUCAUCUGUCAGAAUUACUGUGCCCGAGGAAAGUGCAACAUUAUACUUAUCAGAUACAAGAAAAUUAACUCUUGCUGCUGUGAAUAAGGCUACAUCUUAUUUAAAAAACAAACAAACAACAGAAAUUACUUUAAUUUUGGGAUCCAAGCCGCAGCCCAGGAAUAAAAAUGCAGCAUGCCAUCACUUUGUCUUAUUUUUAAAGGAACUGCACUUUGUCAAAAUCUUCCUCUGCGUUUUAUUCUGUGGUUAUGAAGUUUACAAGUUGAUCAUUCUAGAUUGUUCCACGCUUUAAAGACAUAAAAAACAGCUGCCCACUUCUCCACAGCCUGGCACUUCAUGUCACUGUUUACACCCGUGCAAAGUGAGUACAAAGCAGGUGUCAAAUGCUACUCAAUGAGACUUCCUCACCAAGUACACUAGUUGCUGCAUUUUACACCUGUUUUACAUGGCUGUACAUCUCAGGUGGUGGAAAGCAGUAGUAACUGGGGCCCCAAAUGCACUUAUCAAAUAUAUUCAAUGCUUUACUGAACAAGGGAAAUGGUUUAGCACAGAAAAACCUCACUUUUCAUUGUACAGCCAAGCUUAAAGGCAUAAUAAGGUGAAAAUUGGACCUGGGGCUGAUGACGUGCCUUCCAGCUUAUUUUUCCUUUUAGCAUCUUGUACAGGAAAUGCUGACACUUAUUUAACUUAAAAAGAACCCUGUACAUCAUUGUACGCAGAAGUUAUUCUCUAUAAUGAAGCAUAUUUCUGGUAAUCUAUAUUUGCUUUUGGACAUUUACGCAAACUAUGUAAGCCUGAAAAUUAUUUCCCAGUAGACAAAAAGCGGCUGCCAAUCCUAAAAUUAUAGUAUUUACUUACAGUACAUUAGAGAAAUAAAAGAUUUUUUUUAAACAAGAGCUGUUUGCUUGAAUCCAUUAUAAUAACCAUUAUAACUGUGAGCAUUAAACAGGAAGUAAAGUUCAUAUAUAUGUUUUAGGUACAAAAAGAAGGUAUAUGAAAGAAUUUGAAUUACCAGGACAAUGUAGAACUAUGGGGAGCAAAAAAAUAUUGUUAUACCAAGUAAAUUAUGUGAAAUUAAAAACUGUCCAUUUCUACGGGGCUUUGCCCUUGUAUGUUUUGGGAUGCUGGAGAUCCAGUUAAGGUGCAGAUCUCCUCUUCUAAAGUGCAAUGCAAAAGGAACAGUGAUUAUUAUGUUUAUGCAGGUUUCUUAAUGUGGGAACUUUUGAUGGGUUUUUUUUUUGUUUGGUUUUUUUUGCUUCUCUGUAUGUUUUUUUCUGCAAUUAUUAAAAGAAAUCAUAUGCAUGGAAUUAAAAUCUGCCAUACGUAUAUUCAUUAAUGGGCAUUAUUACUGUCUUAUGUAAAGGAUUUAUUUUGAUAUGCAGUAUCAUGUUCUCAGCCUUAUGAUUUCCAGAACUAUAUUUUUCAGUUAUUUCUUCAAGGGAAACUAAAUAAUUUUAGCUUUAGCAUUGCAUGUUUAGAAGGUCUCUCUUAUGCAGUGCUCCAUCGCAAUGUCAAGAAAUUACACAUAGAACACACCUUUGUCUUUUUUCCUAUGCUGACUUCUUUGAAUUAUUUUUGGCUAAUCUCUGAAUGAGUCUUUCCUUACUGUUUAACAACAACCCCCCCCCCUCCCCCCCAACCCACAGUAUGUUGAAAUCUGUACCCGUCUGAUCCAGGAAAUCAGCUCCUCUUACCUUUACCGUAUCAUCUAGUUUUAUCCUUGUACUUCUGCAACAUAUAUUUAUUCAUUGACACAACUUCUUUGUGGAUAAAAUCUUUGUUUCUUAAAACUGAAUGAGAUCUGCAUUUUUUUAGGGAAAG